AUGGGCGGGGCUGGGGAAGUCUGUGUGGGAUGGACAGAGCUCCAUUUGCCCCAGCUGGGCUUGCUGGAGCUGAGGGAGGGCCUGGAGAAACUGGGGGUGGGAGAUGGGGCCUAUAGGCCCCAGCUGGCAUCUGGUGGAUUGAUUGGGCUGGCCCCCCUGCUUGUCUCUGCCCAGCAAAAGAGAGGGCUGGGCCCAGGAGGGGAGGUUAAAGGGGCACCACAGCCCCUCCGCUUGUUCUCUGCCCCCAGCCUGAGCAGUGAGAGGCGUCGCUGGGAGCUGGCGCAGAUCGGGGUGGAGAACCAGCGGCUCGCAGGGCAGCUGAGGCAGCAGCAGUCAGAGCACGCCCGGGAGCCCUGGGAGCGCCACUGGGAGAGGGUGGAGCUCAUCCGCAACGGCAUCGCCCGCUACCCCCGCAGCUUGCGGGCCCCCCAGACAGUGCCCAAGGAACAGAGGCAGGAAGCUCUGAGCAGCGGGUUCCCCUCUUUGGGACACGAGGAGAGGCGGAGGGCAAACACUGUGCCCCUGAGGAUGGCAAGAGGAGCAGCCAUGCCACACCGAGGGGCUCCUGGAGAUGUGGGGCCGUCUCCUCGCCAGAGGCUGGGACAGCUGUGGAGACCUUGUCCUCAGCGAUCAGCUCGGUGUGAAGGCACUGUCCCAGCCAGCGGGGCACCUCAGGGCACUGGAGCCUCAGCCCAACAAACCACCACAGCAGCUGUGCUGUCACCAAGAGGACUGGCCAGGUGA